UGCAGUGUGGCCAUGGCCGUCCAGCAUGUCCCCAGUCUGAUGCCACCCAGGGACAGCGAGGGCUCAGAGAUGGGGCUCCUCCUGGUCAAGAAGAGCAGGGCAGGGCAAAUCACCACCAGCAACACCCUCCUCGGAGAAGACAAGUUCAAGUCCAAGUUUUCCACCAAGGCGGUGAGCGUGAGCUGUGUGCAAGGGCGCUGCGAUGGCGAGGACAUCACGGUCACUGACACUGAACUGGCCAGUGUUCUGAUCCAAGAGGGAUGGACAAUCACUCACUGGGUCAGGCUGUCCCCCCCGCCGGUCCUGCUGCUGGUAACCACGCCGGGCUAAUUCAUCGAGGAGGCCACACAGAAACCACAGGACAUUUUUUUAAUGAUUUUGAGGCACACGAACCUCACCCAUGCAGAAGACCUGGCGAGGAGGCCACUGUGGAAUUUCCUGUGGUGUUGCAGCAACGAGGUGCUCCAGGGCCUGAUUCUGCAACAUAGGAGCAGGUGCUGAGGCUUCACCAAUGGAGCAGUCAGUGUUGAACGGGACCGGCAGGUGGCCAAGAUUAUGGGGAUGGUCCACGGCAUGGUGUGGGAGGAUGGGGGCAAGCUCUUGAGCCACAAUGUGGACCUGGAGCCCAGAUUAACAGAAAAGAAAGCGGAGUAUCAUGUGGGGAGGUACAAAGCAGAGAGGAAAAUGAGGAAGUGGUCCAGAGCUACGCCAUGCAGGAUCAUGGCGGGCUGUGGGAUAAUUCUCUUUGUUCUUGCUCUGUUUUUCCUGAUUUUCCUUAUUUUUCCUGAUUUCCAUAUUUUGUGGUAG